UGGUGCUGAAGCUGAACAAGAUGGCUGUGCGUUGGGGAGCGGAGAGCUGAGAGAGAAAGCGAGGGGGGGGGAGAAAGAGUCUCAAAAUUAGACAGACAGCCAUUAAAAAAGACAGAGGGAAUAGCGACGCUGGCGCUCACUCUCCAAGUGUGAAGAUUUGUAUUUCUGUCGGGCGUAACGAGCGCUGCCAGGCCCCGUCUGUGCCAGCGACGGCAGGCUUCUCCAUCUCCACCUCCACCUCCAGCCCCAGCGACUCGUUCCCAGGCUGUAAAUUGCACAGAUUAGCUCAGUUACGGAAGCUGGUGAAGAAACUGGACCCUGUACCAAAGGCGCAUAUAAGCAAUGUCAUUGCUGUGUGUUGGAGUGAAAAAAGCCAAGCUUGAUGGACCCCAAGAAAAAUUUAACACAUACGUGACCCUGAAGGUGCAGAAUGUUAAGAGCACCACCAUCGCUGUGCGCGGCAGUCAGCCAUGCUGGGAGCAGGACUUCAUGUUUGAAAUAAACCGCCUGGAUCUGGGCCUGACAGUGGAGGUGUGGAAUAAAGGGCUGAUCUGGGACACCAUGGUGGGCACCUUAUGGAUCCCCCUGCGCAACAUACGGCAGUCCAACGAGGACGGUCCAGGCCAGUGGCUGACUCUGGACGCCAAUGCCAUCAUGGGAGAGAACGAGAUCUGUGGAACCAAAGACCCGACCUUUCACAGGCUGCUACUCGACACCCGCUUUGAACUGCCACUAGACAUUCCUGAGGAAGAGGCCAGAUACUGGGCCAAGAAACUUGAACAACUAAAUGCCAUGAGAGAUCAAGAUUAUGCCUAUCAAGAAGAACAGGAGCGACCACUCCAUGCACCAACCACACAGUGCUGUAAUUGGAGUCUGUGGGGAGAUCAGCAAAACGAGGAUCCAGACAGCGCCGUGGACGACAGGGACAGUGACUACCGCAGCGAGACCAGUAACAGCAUCCCGCCUCCCUACUACACCACCUCCCAGCCAAACGCUUCCAUGCACCAGUAUCCCAUGAGGCACCAGCAAUACAGACACUCCUAUGGCGACGACAUCCACGACCUGGACUACGACCACAGAGCCAUGAGACGCUAUGAUAGUUUAGACUCGGCCACCAACGGGCGCAGCGAUAUCGACUCAGGCUCAGGAUCGAGCCGGCGCACCAGCCGUCAGUAUUCUCUAGACAGUAGGCAUUCACUGUCCGAUAGUCCCACAGACAGUCGUUACGCCUCAUCAGGCGAGUUGAGUCGAGGCAGCUCUCAGCUCAGUGAGGAGUUUGUUGCUGAGGAUGGCGAGAGCUUGCGAGGUUCAGAGUUCUACGAUGAAAACGACUCCUACCACUCCUGCCACUCCUCCGUCAGCUACGGCAAAGAGGAUUCCCCAGGAUGGGAUGGUGAGGACCCCCAAGGCGUCUAUAGUGAUGAGGGAGGCUACCUCAAAGAUGGAGGGGAAGAGGGGGCGCUGUACGCCGAAGAGGAGGGCGACAUGUACGGGGAGGAUGGAGAGUACAACUACGAAGAUGAGGAGGACAUGCCUUUCGAGGAAGAUGAAGAUAUGUAUCCACUUGACGGCACACUCAGUGAAGACCAAGAGCCACCCUACACCCCCACACCUACAAGCACUGCCCCCACCCUGAUGCCACCCUCUGAUAGUCUUGCCUCCACCAGGCCACCACUGGAGAAGCAGCCGUCGCUGCAUCAGCAGCGGCCGGCCCAAGAUCAGGUCCAACCCCCCAGCACAGCUCCUGGUCUACCUCCAGUCACACAGGAUGACACAUUGCCCCCUUUCAGUGCAGAAUCCAUCAAGCCUCCAUUUACACCCACCCAGCCAGCUCUGUCAACCACCACCACAUCCACCCCUACGACCACAUCACAGGUUCCAGCUCCAGAUACCAAGCCCCUGGAGCUUGAACCCGAGUCCAAAGUGCCACUGGAAGAACCUAAACCUCCUGAGCAGCCUCCGGCGGCAGAAAGUGUCCCCCCAGCUCCUGCAGAGAAAACAGAGGAGCCACCUGUUCCAAGUUUCCCAAAGAGGGAAAUCAUGGAACCUGGUCCUGCCAGAGCCAAAGCCAACUGGCUUCGACUUUUCAGCCGAGUACGACUACAGCUGCAAGAGGCCCGAGGAGAAAGUGUUGGCAUCGCCUCUCUGCUUUUAUCAGCAGGGAUGGGUGGUGCUCUGUAUAGCAUUGACAGCAUGCCAGACCUCAGGAAGAGAAAAGCUAUGCCUCUCGUCCGAGAUCUGUCCUUGGUUCAGAACUCCAGGAAGGCAGGCAUCACCUCAGCCCUGACGUCCAGCACGCUGCAUAAUGAAGAAUUGAAGAGUCACGUCUACAAGAAGACCCUCCAGGCCCUUAUUUAUCCCAUCUCCUGCACCACCCCGCACAAUUUCGAGGUGUGGACAGCCACCACGCCCACUUACUGCUAUGAGUGUGAGGGACUACUGUGGGGUAUCGCUCGCCAGGGCAUGCGCUGUACCGAGUGUGGAGUCAAAUGCCACGAGAAGUGCCAAGAUCUACUCAAUGCUGAUUGUCUGCAAAGAGCAGCAGAGAAGAGCUCCAAACACGGCGCAGAGGACCGAACCCAGAACAUCAUCAUGGUUCUCAAAGACCGCAUGAAGAUCCGCGAGAGAAACAAACCCGAGAUCUUCGAACUCAUCCAGGAGGUGUUCGCCAUCGUCAAGGCCACCCACGUCACCCACAUGAAGCAGAUCAAACAGAGCGUGCUCGAUGGCACCUCUAAGUGGUCGGCCAAGAUCAGCAUCACAGUGUUGUGUGCCCAGGGUCUACAAGCCAAGGAUAAAACCGGUUCCAGUGAUCCUUAUGUCACCGUCCAGGUGGGAAAAACCAAAAAGAGGACCAAGACCAUCUACGGCAACCUCAACCCUGUCUGGGAGGAGACGUUUAAUUUUGAAUGCCACAACUCCUCGGACCGCAUCAAGGUGCGAGUGUGGGAUGAGGACGACGACAUUAAGUCCCGUGUGAAGCAGAAGUUCAAGCGUGAGUCGGACGACUUCCUCGGUCAAACUAUCAUCGAGGUCCGCACUCUGAGCGGAGAGAUGGACGUCUGGUACAAUCUGGACAAGCGUACAGACAAGUCAGCUGUGUCCGGGGCUAUUCGAAUGCACAUUAAUGUGGAGAUCAAAGGAGAGGAGACAGUCGCCCCCUAUCACGUCCAGUACACCUGUUUGCAUGAAAACCUUUUCCACUAUGUGACAGAUAUCCAGAACAACGGUGUGGUGAAGAUCCCUGAUGCCAAAGGGGAUGACGCAUGGAAGGUCUACUUUGAGGAGACACCCCAGGAGAUUGUAGAUGAAUUUGCCAUGCGUUAUGGAGUGGAGUCCAUCUACCAGGCCAUGACUCACUUUGCCUGCCUAUCAUCCAAGUACAUGUGCCCAGGUGUGCCUGCAGUGAUGAGUACCCUACUGGCUAACAUCAAUGCCUACUACGCUCACACCACCCAGGCAACAAACAACGUAUCUGCCUCCGACCGCUUCGCUGCCUCUAACUUUGGAAAAGAGCGAUUUGUCAAGCUUCUGGACCAGCUCCACAACUCCCUGCGCAUUGACCUGUCCAUGUACCGCAACAAUUUCCCUGCCAGCAGUCCCGAGAGGCUGCAGGACCUCAAGUCCACAGUGGACCUCCUCACCAGUAUCACCUUCUUCAGAAUGAAGGUCCAAGAGCUUCAGUCUCCUCCCAGAGCCAGCCAGGUAGUGAAGGACUGUGUCAAAGCCUGUCUCAACUCCACCUACGAGUACAUCUUUAAUAACUGUCAUGAGCUGUACAGCCGCGAGUAUCAGACAGACCCGGCCAAACAGGGUGCUGUGCCUCCAGAGGAGCAGGGACCCAGCAUCAAGAAUCUGGACUUCUGGUCCAAACUCAUCACACUUAUCGUCUCCAUUAUUGAGGAGGACAAGAACUCCUACACUCCCUGCCUAAACCAGUUUCCCCAGGAGCUCAAUGUGGGUAAAAUCAGCGCUGAAGUGAUGUGGAACCUGUUUGCUCAGGAUAUGAAGUAUGCAAUGGAGGAACAUGAAAAAAAUCGCUUGUGCAAGAGUGCGGAUUACAUGAACCUGCACUUCAAGGUCAAGUGGCUGUACAACGAGUACUGCAAAGACCUGCCCUUCUUCAAGAGCAGAGUCCCUGAAUAUCCUGCGUGGUUUGAGCCAUUUGUCAUUCAGUGGCUGGACGAAAAUGAGGAGGUGUCUCGGGACUUUCUGCACGGCGCUUUAGAGAGAGACAAAAAAGAUGGGUUCCAGGUCACAUCAGAACAUGCUCUGUUCUCCUGUUCGGUGGUGGACGUGUUUUCUCAGCUCAACCAGAGCUUUGAGAUCAUCAGGAAGUUAGAGUGUCCGGAUCCGCAGAUCGUAGGACACUACAUGAAGCGAUUUGCAAAGACCAUCAGCAAUGUGCUUCUGUCCUACGCUGAUAUCAUCUCCAGGUUGUUCGCCAACUAUGUCACCAUGGAGAAAGUGCCCUGCAUCCUGAUCAACAACAUCCAACAGCUGAGAGUUCAGCUGGAGAAGAUGUUUGAAGCCAUGGGUGGGAAAGAUCUGUGUGUGGAGGCCAGUGACAUCCUGAAGGACCUGCAGGUUAAGCUCAACAAUGUCAUGGAUGAUCUCAGCAGGGUCUUUGCUGUCAGUUUCCAGCCUCACAUAGAGGAGAAUGUGAAGCAGAUGGGAGACAUCUUGGCUCAAGUGAAGGGAACGUCAAAUGUGGGAAAUGCCAGCAGCGUGGCGCAGGAUGCUGACAAUGUCCUGCAGCCCAUCAUGGAGUUCCUGGACAGCAACCUGACUUUGUUUGCUAAGAUCUGUGAAAAGACUGUGCUGAAACGUGUGUUGAAGGAGCUGUGGAAGCUGGUGAUGAACACCAUGGAGAAGACCAUCGUUCUGCCGCCACUCACAGACCAAACGGGGAGGCUGAAGAGUGCUUCUCACAGUGAUGGCACUCAGCUCAUAUUUAAUGCUGCCAAGGAGCUGGGACAGCUGUCCAAGCUGAAGGAGCACAUGGUUCGUGAGGAGGCCAAAGCGCUCACCCCUAAGCAGUGUGCUGUGAUAGAGCUGGCCCUGGACACCAUCAAGCAAUAUUUCCAUGCUGGUGGUGUGGGUCUGAAGAAGACUUUCCUGGAGAAGAGUCCUGACCUCCAGUCUCUCCACUACGCCCUGUCCCUCUACACGCAGGCUACAGACAAACUCAUUAAGACCUUUGUCCAGUCACAGAACGCCCAAGGAUCUGGAGUGGAUGAUGCCGUGGGAGAGGUGUCCAUCCACGUGGAGAUCUUUACUCACCCCAACACUGGAGAGCACAAGGUCACAGUGAAAGUGGUGGCUGCCAAUGACCUGAGGUGGCAGACACAGGGAAUAUUCCGGCCAUUUGUGGAGGUGUAUAUCAUCGGCCCUCACCUCAGCGACAAGAAGAGGAAGUACGCCACCAAGUCGAAGAACAACAGUUGGGCUCCCAAAUACAAUGAAACCUUCACUUUCACCCUGAGUAGCGAGGUGGGUCCUGAGUGCUAUGAACUGCAGGUGUGUGUGAAGGACUACUGCUUCGCGCGAGAGGACCGCACUGUGGGCAUGGCUGUCCUGCAGCUGAAGGAUGUAGCCUCUAAGGGCAGCGUCGCCUGCUGGCUACCACUAGGUAAACGCAUCCACAUGGAUGAGACGGGCCUCACUGUCCUGCGUAUCCUCUCCCAACGCAACAACGACGACGUGGCCAAGGAGUUCGUCAAGCUCAAGUCGGACCAGCGCUCUGCAGAAGAAGGCCGCAGCUAAGAGACAUGACAGAAAU